AGGCACUAAACACGAAUGACGCACACGGCGCUCUCCGUAGAAGAUCCUGUUGCCCUUGCCACUCUUAAACUAGGCAAAAACACCACCGGAGUCUCAGCUGCUCCGAGGAAGGGGCGCACGCACAGGCAUCGCAUCUCCAGCUUUGGGGCCAGACAAAUGGCGGCUUCCUGCGCCUCCACCCUCCCUUCACUCUCCUUCGUCUCCUCCUCCUCUUCCAAUUCACCUCGGCGGUUCAGGCGCUCUAGGGUGGUGGCCAUGGCCAGCGUGGGGCAGAAGGUCUACGCGCCCGGCGUGGCGGUGUCGGAGGGCAAUGGCGGACUGCCGAAAAUCGACCUCAAAUCCCCGCAUGGAAGCGAGGCUGAGAUCUAUCUGUUUGGAGCAUGCGUUACAUCUUUCAAAGUCCCUAAUGGCAAGAACUUGCUCUUUGUUCGACCAGAUGCAGUGUUCAAUGGGCAGAAACCCAUAAGUGGCGGAAUUCCACAUUGUUUCCCCCAGUUUGGCCCAGGUCCCAUGCAGCAGCAUGGGUUUGCACGGAAUGUGAAUUGGUCCAUCGCAGAUUCAGAAGUCACCGAAGGAGAUCCGGCUGUAACUUUGGAACUUAAAGAUGACUCUUAUAGCCGUUCUAUGUGGGAUUUUAGCUUCCAAGCAUUGUACAAGGUUUCCCUGCACUCUACAAGCUUGUCAACAACUCUAAAAAUAACAAAUAUGGAUGACAAGCCUUUCUCAUUCAACUCAGCACUCCACACUUACUUCCGUGCUUCCAUAGCUGGCGUUUCUGUGAAAGGUCUGAAAGGUUGUAAGACUCUCAAUAAAGAUCCUGACCCGAAAAAUCCUUUGGAGGGCAAAGAAGAGAGGGAGGGGGUGACUUUUCCAGGAUUUGUUGACUGCAUCUACCUUGGUGCACCGAGUCAGCUCAUCCUGGACAAUGGAUUGGGUGACAAAAUUGCCAUAUCAAAUUCAAGUUGGUCAGAUGCAGUGUUGUGGAAUCCUCACCAGCAGAUGGAGGCCUGUUACAAAGAUUUUGUCUGUGUGGAAAACGCAAAGAUUGAAACAGUACAACUGGAGCCGAAACAAUCUUGGGUGGCAGAGCAGAAAAUUGAACUAGUCUGAAGAUAAUGCCUUGCUGCAACUGCAUCAAGCAGUGAGAUAAUUCUUCAUGGAACAUGUCAUCACAAUAGCUGUGCACCCAAAUUAUCCAAUGUUUCAUGUAAAAGGGAAUAAGUGAUGCUGAUCAGGAUGUUUUUUUUUGGCAGUAUGAUGUUUACUGUGUUGCAAAUGUACAAUUCAAACUACACGGACUCUGUUGAAAUGGAAGCGAGUGCCCAUAUUAAUCUUUGAUAAAUCAUCUGCUACUGAAA